AUGAAAUUAGAUCUUAGUUUUGAAGAAAAAAUCUCUUAUCUUUUUGGAGAUUAUCCUAAAUAUUCUUCCAUGAAAGUAGAUAUCUCCACAAUUAUUUCCUCCCAACCUAAUUCCCCCUUUUCAUAUUCACCAUCACAUUGCACCACAUUUUUGUACCAAAAUUAUUGCAAUCCAUUUAAGGAUCAUCAUCUGAAGGGGUCUAAUCAUCACUCUAAUUUUUCUACGGUGUUUCCUUCCUCCAUGGGCCCAAUCACUAUGAUCCCAACCCCUUCAUACAAGGCUACACACAACAAUGGGUCCCAAAGAAAAUCUAUCGGUGCUCAAAAUCCAAUGAUGUUUGAAUCAAACAAUAACAAAAUGAAAACUAUGCAUGGUCGCCUAAAUACUAGCAAAGGAGUUUGGGAUUUGUCCAAAAAAAAUAUCUUUCAGUAUGGUGAAACUUCACAACCUCGGAUGAGUCAAUCUUUACCACCAUCACUAGUUUAUGAUGCAGAUCCAUCUCUAUCAAUUAAGCGCAAGCAUCAAGGAGAUCUUUCAUCCAAUGGUGGAAUUGAAUACAAACCCCAAAAAAAUGAUCCAGGGCUCGUUCUUAGUGACCAAAAGCGACAAAAGAUGAGUCAAAAGAAUAGUGAAAUUCGACACAAGGAUUCCAAUACAAUCAAAGGCCAAUGGACUGCGAAUGAGAAUAGGAAUCUUGUCGAAUUGAUGGAUAGUUUUGGGCGUAAUUGGACUGAGAUAGCUAAGUUUAUGAAUGGUAGGAACGCGAAACAAUGCAGGGAGAGAUGGUAUAACCAUCUUCGACCACAAAUUAAGAAAGCGCCAUGGAGCGAAGAGGAGGAAAAAAUACUGAUUAAAGCUCAUAAGAAAGUUGGAAACAAAUGGACUGAAAUUGCAAGAAUGUUACCCGGUCGCACUGAGAAUGCCAUUAAGAAUCGCUGGAACACCGCGAUACGCAGCCACAACCGCAAGAACAGAAAGAACCGGUGUAAUAGUUCGAAAAACACAAUACUUUGGAAAUACAUUAAUGAAAUCAAUGCUAAGGAAGUUGAUGAGAAAGAGAAUGAUGAAGAUUUGACUACUCGAGAGGAUGAAGAACCUAGUGGUGGUUAUGAGUUUGAAAAUGGAAUGGAGUUUUUUGUUGAGGUUCCUAUCAAGGAGGAAAUGGAUUUCAUGGAGAUGAUCAAUAAUAAUAGCCCUUAA